CAAGACAGGAAGUUGGGUGUUGAACACAGUCUGCCUACAAGAUUACAAUACCGAAAGGCUGAUACACAAUCAACAAUGAUGGAAGUGCUCUAGUUUUGUGCUGCAGAUGGAAUAUCCAUAAAAAUGGAACGUAGAUCCUCAGAGAUGGAAUGGCGUGAACUGUCCUAUGACAGGUGGACAGAAUCUCACGUGAGCUCCUGGUUGAGAUACAUUGGAAUAAAAGAAAUUUACAUUAAAAAUCUGGAGGAGGAGGAGGUGACAGGACCAGUUCUCACAACUCUACAUAGUAAAUUCCUCAGCACUACCAUUGGAAUGAAAAUUGGCCAAAUUGAGCAUCUGCUGAAGAAAAGAGAUGAGCUCCUAAUGUCAGAAGAGCAGAAAAUAAAAAAUCAAAGUGGUUUGUGUGGUAAAGGUAGAGAUGACAAGAAAGAAAAUAUAUUAGUUUCAGGACAAGAACCCAAACUUUGUUCACAAGAACCUUGUGACAGAGUGGAGACAGGGAAUAUUCCCAUAACAUGUUGUGAAAACUCAACCUCUACAGACAAAGUAUUGUCUUUCUGUGAAUUUAAGAAAUUUGAUCAGUAUGAAAAGGACUGCAGGUAUGUAAAGCACAAUGUGCUUCCACCAGAGACAGGAGUUGAAAACAUGAUUGUUCCAUGUCAUGAAUUUAAGUCCCUGGAGACUGCACACAAACUAGACUCAACAAGGCUACAAACAAAAGUAGCAUGUGAGGUGUUAAAAUUUGCAUGUGCAUGCAUGAAUAUGAGAGCCAAUGGGACAAUUCAUUUUGGCAUAAUGGAUAAAGUCAAAGGUACUCACAAGCAUGGAGAAAUCAUAGGAAUACCUCUCAAAAAUCAGGAAGACUUUGUGGAUGCAUUGGACUACAUUGAAAGAUGCUUCAAAGAUUCAAAUCAACAAUGCGAUGCCAGGAGUUGCAUAAGGAACCCUCGAUUCAUUGAGGUGCUGGACAAGGAAACUACUGAGAAAACAUGGGUUAUUGAAUAUGAUGUUGUCCCAAAAGCGAGCACUGUAAAAGAUAAGCUAUACUCUGUCGGUGUUCCAAAAUUCUAUGAGAAAGACAACAAAGUCAGAUGUGAACAGAAAGUUCCCUACUACAGAGUAGGAGCGAACACAAAACAAAUACCCGAUGAUGACCUUGUUCGUUUCAUUCAAGGGCUAAGAGAGAAAGACCAACAGAGAGAGGAGGCAGAAUCUUCCAGUAAUCAAACAACUGUGGACUCAAGAGAGGAUCAAAAGAGGAAACUCGCCAUCCUCCUAACAUGUGGAAAAACACACAUGGACAACUCUCUGCAUUACAUCAUUGUGACAAACAAAUUUCAGCCAGAGCAUCUUGACAGCAUAACCUUCUUGGUUAACAUGAAGCUAUUCUGUGUGUUCGAUUUUGACCCUGAUUCAAAGACAUCUGGUUUUUGUGGUAGAUAUAAGCAACAGAAGGCUGUGAACCUCCACUUUCUUGAUGACUAUGCAGAUGACAUUAAAUCUUUGCAGCUUUUUGAGAGAACAAGCUGGAUUUUCUGCAAUGGAAGAACCGACUUCCCUGGUGAGGAACAAACCUGUGAUGAAAAAACCUGGAUCAGAACAAGAAAAAAGAAGCUGAAAAUGGCAGUGUCCCUCAUCUGCAAUAAUAUCCUUCCCAGGCAAUCAUUUGUGGUCCUCUUCCUGCUCAUGUCUGAUGUUGAGCAGCCACUUGUUGAGACUUUCCAUGAAUUCUAUGCAGAGAUGAAUGGGCAUGCAUCUUUGGCAGUCAUAUCAGAGUUGAAGGACAACUACAAAAAGUGGUCAAGUCUUGCUCAAGUGUCUUGUCACAUGUCUACACUCAAAGAAAUCAGCAUUGUUGAAAUGCCAUUGAGUCAUGUGGACGCUACUGUUCAAAGCAUUCAACUCUCAAAGAAUAAGCCCACUAGGACAUUGCCAGUCUUAAAUGGAGGACUGUGCUUUUUAAAGUCAGUUGAAGAGGCUAUGCUUGAUUCUUUGGAAAUCAUCAGUGUGGACCAGUGUGAUGACACAAAACUGGAGAUCAUGAAUGAUGAUGAAAUCCAACAAAUUGAUUCCUACUUCUAUCGAGGCGGAAAGAUAGACUGGAAAAACUUAUGGCUUGCUGACAAACACAAGUGUGGGUCUAUCAUAAAGAGGGAUGCCUACGAAGACACAAGCACAAUCCUGGACAAGAUAGCACAUCAUAGCAAAGCCAUACGUCCCAUUGAGAGUGUGAACAUAUACCAUCAUCCUGGCAGUGGUGGAAGUACAGUGGCACGACAGAUCCUCUGGAGCUGGAGAAAAAAAGUACGAUGUGCAGUUGUUAAACAGUGUAAGGAAAUCACAACUGUGUGUGAGCAUGCAGUUAGACUGAGGGAACAUGAUGAGAGAGACCAAAACAACUGCUUGCCAGUGCUCUUGCUCUUGGAGGAUCGAAAUGCAGAUUACAUAGAUGACCUCAGACGGGAGCUUGGAAAUGUCGUCGCAAUAAAAAAAAUUAGUCACUCUGUGUUGUGCUUUAUCCUGCUCAUCUGCAACAGGUCAAAUGAUCCAGAGAGGAUGUGCAGAGCAUUGCCAUCUCAAACAGUAGCAAUCACACAUAAGCUAUCAAAUUCAGAGAAGCCUAAGUUCUCACAGAAGCUUGAGCAACUUAAGCAGUUCCAACCAGACUUACACUUCAUCCUAACAUUUGUUCUGAUGACUGAAGGAUUCCAGCCAAGUUACAUUAAGGACUUUGUGAAAAACAUUCUAGAUAAAAUUGAUCAUUCAUCACUCAUCACUCGCCUCAUCAGAUUUGUUGCUCUUCUGAAUUGCUACGUUGAAGACUCAUACAUGUCUGUGUCACACUGUGAGGCAUCUCUUGGCAUAACUACCAAUGUGAUACACCGAGCACAUAGCAUAGCACAUAAAGUUCAGUACCAUGCAUUUGUGGAACAUCUCAGUGAUGAAGCAAAGCUUAUUUUCAUCCACCUUAAACAAGAUUCAACACACAUCUCAUCAAUUCGAAUUAUUCAUCCACUGGUGGCAAAAGAAGUUCUGAGUCAGCUGUCUGCAAAAUUGCCUCAAAGUGAUAUUGCCAUGGACCUCAUCAACGACAAGGUACUUAUAAAUCACAGGUUUGACAGGGAUGAGUUCCUGAAGUUCAUCGCAGCUCUUUUCAUCAGACGCCGUAAAAUGAGCAGAGGAGAUCCUAAAGACACAGCUUUUUCACCCCUUAUUGAGCAUGUCAGCACCGAGGGAGGUGGUGUUCAGAAAGCUGUUGAUCUCAUGAAAGCAGCCUACAUAGCUUUGGGAAAACAUGCAUAUGUGGCCCAACAGCUUGCCCGGCUGCUUUACACAAAUUUGAGAUUUAAAGAGGCCCUAGAAUGGGCGGAGGAAGCAAAAUCUCUUCUUCCACAUGAUAUAAUUGUCCUUGACACACUGGGACAAGUUUACAAAAAGUGGUUUUACCACUUGUAUGACACCUGUGAGGAAAAACAACCAUCCCCUGAAAGGGGAAUUGAAAUCAUAAGCACUGCACUCCAAGGAAUUUCUGCCUUCAGGGCCUCUGAAAAAACACCAACAAAAGACACUGUCAGCCUUAACUACUCAUACUACGGGGAAGUAGAUGUUGGCUGCAGGCUACUAAGUUUUCUGUCAGCAGUAGAUGUUUUUUCAAGUGAUACUGGAAAAUCAGAGUUGAUGCAGUACUUGUUAACAGACUACAUACCAGCAGAGGUCAAAACACCCUGGCAGAGGUUUCAUCUGCAGUUGAAAGGGUUACAAAAGAGCCUUUGCCACACACUUGAGUGCAUUUCUGAAGACCUCUGCUACUUUCAAACUGACAUAAGUGAAGAGGACAAAGAACUUGAUGCAAGAGAUCCAGAACAAGUACACAAGCCUAGAGAAUGGCUGACAAGGAAGAGUGCUGUAUAUGCUGGGUUAUUUUGUAUUAUUGAUGAUGGCAUCCAAGCAACUGACCGCAACAGUGCUGACAUGGCAGGUCCAGCUGAAAAGCUUUCUCCAUUCCAACGACAGAUGAAGACUUACAAGCUUGGUGGAGGAAAUCUUACAUCCAUCCUCUCCUUACUUCAUGACAGUGACCCAGAGAGAGCAGGAAAAAAACUUGAGACAAUAAUUGGCAUUUAUCCAGAAAACCUGAAAUGGAAUGACCUUGACCUGACAGAACUUGCAAACUUCAUUUUUUGCCAGAUAGCUCUUAACUGUAUUCUACCUGGGUCCUCAAAGCUCCUGUCCCUUCAAAAGCUUCAAGAUCUCAGCAAAAGUUUCAUUACAAUAGUGAAAAACAUGUCAUCAGCAAGUGCUCUCUUCCUUCUCUCCCUUCUGUUUUGGCCUGAGACAAGCAAUAAACUCAGCUCUUCUGGUAGUCAGAUCCUUUUAUCAGCCAUUGAUGCACUUCAGAGAAUCUAUGAGCAAAAAAUCAAACGUGUGUCUCCGAGGAAAAGCAGAACUGUGACCCACUUCUUUCUAGGAAGGGCAAAAGGUCUUAACAAGAUUGUCCAUAGAAGUGCUAUUGAAAAGCAGAUUAAAGGCACUCUAAGUGAAAGAAAACUGAAAUGGCUCAGUGGGGAAGUAUGGAAAACCUGGAAAGUUGUGCAGUUGCUGGAACGUGUUGAAGGAUGGACAGAAAAUGGAAAUGUAUUUGUUAAAGGUGGAACGAGAGACAGCAAGAUUAGGGUAUUUCCUCGAUAUUCUGCCUUCCUGCCAAAUGGAAAUGAAAAUGUCACCUUCUACUUGGGCUUUUCAUUUGAUGGAGUGGUUGCCUUUGACAUCCAAGUAAAAGACUAAUUUUCAAUGCUCACAAUGCACCUCUCAACAACUGUAAAUAUCAGUGCUAAACUACAAUAGACAUAACAUGCUGAGAUUGUGAGCCACAAAGCCUUUGGUUGAACUUUUCAUGUUCCUGUAGAAACAUUUACAACUAUUUACAUUUAAAAUUAGUGUCUUCAUUUGCAUGGCAAACAAGAUUUUGAAUCACACUUUCCAUUUUGGAAUAUAGGUAAGGUUUUAAGUGAAUACAUUCAGAACAAAUUUAUUUUUCUGACUGGCUAAACUGAACAUGGCUAGAUUCUUUGAUUCUGUUGCUCAACUGGUAUUGGCAUACAAACUGCCUUCAACGAUUUUUUUCAUGGACUAUUUAACAGCUUUUUAAUAUCCACAUCAUUAGCACUGCUACUGUAUAUAUAUGCAAGGAUAUAUUUCUCAAAAACAUGUGGAUGAAUUGGUAUCAAAAUGAUGGACAGAUGUUCUUGGAUAAGACAUGUUCUUGGCAGAUUAUGAUAACAAAAGAUUAAGUCAAGCCUUGAAAUCUUUUUUGUUUUUUACAAAGUAUUUAAAUUUGAAAUAAUUUUGAACAUUAUGUUUUCAGUGUAUUACUUGCGUUUGUUUUGAUCUGAGAAGUGUAAAUUAAUUGUAACAGAAAUCAGUCCGCGACAUGUUUGUGUAUGAUAAAAAGCAGACAAAGUUGUGAUGAAAUUUCAAAUGUAAGAUUUUUCAAUACAGGCAAUUCAGUUGUUUUGCAAAAUAUCUGUCACAUUAAUCUUGAUGCAAACAAUAUUUUCAUAUGCAUGACACAUUUUGUAUUAUGUUGUUUAUUAACAAAUAUUUGAUCAUAGCUUUUUGCCUCAAUUAAUUUUGUUUCUAUUCAUUUUAUAAUUACAUGUAGAAGACAAGAACACAAUAAUGUGUAAACUGUGGGGGCCCCUCGUAAUGAGAGGAGCGACAAUGGGGAAUGAAACAGGGACACACAGAGUCAGGGCUUGAGACUUGAAUCUUGAGCAGUAUUGAACUGAUCAGUUAAACUAAGAAUCACAUUAUGACACAUCUGAUCUGAAACAUAUAAAUAACUAUCUCAUUAAAUCUGUGUAUUUACACUGUAUAAUGUAUACUGUUUUCAGUUAAAUAUAAAUAUUAGUUUGUGCAUUUUAAAAUAUUCUAAGUGGAGAGAAUUUGUUCCAAUACAAAAGUGAGAUGACAGUUUUGUACCAGAUUUGUGUUCGAGGAUAGCUUAAGGAAAUGCAGUUCUGCAAAAGUGUGAAACUGAUUUAAACUAUUUCAGACAGCAAGAAGUUUUAUUUUGCUUUGCUAGUGGACUACUAAUAUGGUCACUGGACUUUCCCUCUAUAACUUUGUAAUAAAUGUUUCUAAAUUUGACAGACUCCUAAUUCCAUAUAUUUUACAAUAUAACUUACAAAUACAUGAAACAAUAACAAUGUGGAGGUGAAUCAUCACAAAGACACGUUAGAGUUUAGGGACUGGUUUAUUCAAGGAAAAAAGGUAAACAUUCAGACUCUGGCACAGAAAUCAUCAUAAAACCAUGUAGAGCGCUUUGCGGGAAGAUCCCAAAACAAAUAUUCAUGAUUAAAUUUCAGGUUUCUACUUAACUUGCACAGCUUCCUAGCCAGUCCACUAUCAUAUUCAUAGACACAUUAUAAAACAAAAAAAUUAAAAGAAAGGAAAUUUGUGACAUCUUUUCAUAAAACUGUAUUCUUCAACAGGUAAAAGCUUGUUAGACUUUUUUCUGUGAUACAUAAGAAACCAUGAGUCCAUACUUACCAAUGAAGACUCUGCCUGUAUGACUCAUGUAAAAUAUCAAAAUCAAUUGUUUUAAUAUUAUUUGCACCACAAAUGAUGUUGAGAUGCUGCUCAUAUUUGGUAGAAGAAGCUGAAAAAAUGUGUUGCACACUCAAGUAGUAACUAUGAUUUGAUAAUUAUGAUUUUAUAAUUUGUGGAGAUCAUAAUAAAUGAUUGGCAUAAUU